CGCUCGAGAAUUUGUUUCGAUUCAGUGCGGCUAGAUCCUCCUCAGCACAAAGAUUGGUGCGGGAUAUAUCAGCGAUAGUCGAUAAACAGUGAAAAAGUGGAAAUAACCGAAAGUGAGCUUUGUAGUGCAGUGCGUGAGUGUUUUUUGGUGAGCGAUCAGAUCCGCCGAUUGCAUUCUGAGCUACCGCAGUGAGUCGAACGUCACCGAUUUCAAGAUCUAGUGCAAAGCAGGGAAACCGGGAGCCCUUGGAUCGGAUUUACCCCUCAACAAAUAAUGUGAAGGCAAAGUCUGACCCUACAGCUCCGAGUUUUGUCAGGAUGAAGGGUAGCAGUUCUCAGUACACGACGUGAACCCGCGAUGCGUUUAACAAUUUUCUAAAAGAAUGAUUCCCACGAUAAGAUAAUUGAAUAAACAAUGCGAACGGCUGAAAAAGGGUAUCUUACGUUAUUGUCGCACGGAAAAUCUACGACGGAAUCUAAGCAGCACAAAAUUACAUCGAUCCAAGUAUAUUACGACUAAUGAAAUUACGAAUCAUCCACGACCCUCGCAAAUAAGUGAAGAAAAGAAAGUAGAAUGGCCUCCCUCGUUUCACUGGUCGUUGCCACCUUCCUUCUAGCCGUGAUAGACCUCGCCCAACCAACCCUCGAAGGGCCGAACGUCUGUACGCGGCAAGAAUCGUACACAACGACUGUCACGAUAUCGGAAAACAAAGGGUUCAAAGUUCGGGAGUACGGAUGGUGCUUCAGCUUCCCAAAAUUUAGGUGCACCAAGUACAGGGUCAACUUUAAACCCGUGUAUAGGACGCAGACGCUGAUUAAAAAACGGCCGGUCGACGAAUGCUGCAACGGAUACACGAGGAGCAACAAGGAUCGAUGCAUAGCGGUAUGUUCCGAAGAUUGUAUUCACGGCACUUGCGUUGCUCCGGACGAGUGCAAAUGCGAGUCAGGCUAUGGCGGACCCUCCUGCAAUAUUACCUGUCCGACCGGUUACUGGGGUCGGCAUUGUCGGGACGAGUGCACGUGCCGUAAUGGCGGUAGCUGCGACCCUUUUAAUGGAAAAUGCAAGUGCACAAGGGGCUGGAAGGGUGAAAACUGCGAUGAGAAAUGUCCGCCUGAUCGUUACGGACUGGAUUGCGGCGAGGAGUGUCGGUGUCAAAACGGUGGCAGCUGCCAUCACAUUUCCGGCGAGUGUCUCUGCGCCGCGGGGUUCACAGGACCUCUAUGCGACUUUCAAUGCCCAGAAGGUAAACACGGCUAUGAAUGCAAAUCGAACUGCAGUUGCCAAAACGGCGGAUCCUGCAGUCCGACAAAUGGCGAAUGUUUCUGCACGCCAGGAUGGACGGGAUCCGUAUGCGCUAAUCGUUGUCCCGAUGGCCAAUGGGGAAACAAUUGUUCAUCUUCCUGCGAUUGCUACAACGGAGCAUCGUGCCAUCAUAUAACUGGCGAAUGUCAAUGCAAAGCAGGAUUUCUUGGGGAGAAGUGUGUGGAGACCUGCCCUAGCGGCAAAUAUGGCCUUAACUGCACGAGCAACUGCAGCUGCAAAAAUGGGGCGACUUGUUCGGUGAUCGAUGGAUCCUGCAACUGCCAAAACGGGUGGAAAGGCGAGCUGUGCGAGGAGCGAGCUUGUCCUGACAGUUCAUGGGGUCCGGAGUGCAAGAACAGUUGCGCAUGCGAAGAAGAACACACCGAGCUCUGUCAUCCCUGGACCGGAAACUGUGUUUGCCGCGCCGGUUGGGACGGCGAAAUCUGCUCUCACACCUGUCCGAUUUAUACAUUUGGCAAGGGAUGCCAGCAGCAGUGCAAAUGCGAGAACAGCGCCCAGUGUUCACCUUUUGACGGGACUUGCACAUGCGCAGCGGGAUUCAAGGGUAAACGCUGCAACGAACCCUGUCCCGAUGGUACGUUUGGCGAAGAUUGCGCCCAGAAGUGCAAUUGCAAUAACGGAGCCAAUUGUUCGCCAGAAAACGGACGAUGCAACUGCACAGCAGGAUGGAAAGGUAUUCUGUGCGAUCGUCCGUGUCCCGACAAGUUUUACGGUAAGGAUUGCAAGGAGAGUUGCAAAUGCUUGAACAACGCUGCCUGCAAUUCGCAAAACGGCACAUGCACAUGUGCGGCUGGUUUCACCGGGGAUCUGUGCGAGGAAAAAUGUCCCGACGGAAACUUUGGUCACGAUUGUAAGCAGAUCUGCGACUGCGACAAGAAUAACAACUUAGGCUGCGAUCCGGCGACCGGACGAUGCAAGUGCAAACCCGAAUGGAAAGGAAUAAGGUGCGAGACGCAAUGUCCGGCUGGUCAAUUCGGCGACGACUGUCACUCCGAGUGUAACUGCAUGAACAAUAGCUCGUGCGAUCCAGAAACUGGGGCUUGCGUUUGCGCCCGAGGUUGGGAGGGUCCCAAUUGCUCGGAACCUUGCGAGGAGGGCUUUUACGGCGUUGGCUGUAAGGAGAAAUGCCCAGAGAAAUUUAACGGCAACAUGACGUGCGAUCACGUCACUGGACAAUACGUAUGCAGACCUGGCUAUCUUGGACUAACUUGCGAACAUCCUUGCCCUCUGGAUAGAUACGGUCUGAAUUGCGCCAACCAUUGUCACUGCAAGAACGGAGCUGAUUGUCACCAUGUGACUGGUGUCUGCCAAUGUUUGCCGGGCUGGCAAGGCAAUUCUUGUCAAAUUCCCUGCACCGAUGGGAUGUACGGUGUUAAUUGCACCCAGCCUUGCAAGUGUCAGAACGGAGGCGAAUGCAGGAAAAACGAUGGUCAUUGCAGAUGCGCCCCUGGAUGGACCGGAACGCAUUGCACAGAAGUAUGUCCGGAGGGAUAUUACGGUGAUCACUGCAUGGAACCGUGCGAAUGUAAGUCCGAUUCCUUCGUAUGUCACCCGAUAAACGGUUGCACGUGCAAAAAAGGCUUCAAAGGCGAAAACUGCGACGAGUUAAUGCAAGAAAAGAGCGUCCUUCCGAUAGAAGAUUCAGGAUCUGGAAGUGUCGUCGUGGGAAUUGCGAUCGCUCUAAUCUUCAUCGCGAUCAUAUUCACGAUAUGGUUGUACUACAGGCGGCGAGUUGCUAAUUUGAAAACUGAAAUAGCUCAGGUUCAAUACAUCGCCGAACCUGUGACGACGCCAGAUCGCAAUCACUUCGAUAAUCCGGUAUACUCGUAUCGGGAUUCUAGUAGGUCUGACGACGGAACAGCGACGUUGUUGAACAAUGUGCAAAUAAAAAACGACCUAGGUACCAAGAAUAUUAACACAGAACGAGCCAAACUCGGUCCCAUGGUUGCUGGCUAUAAUACAACUAGCGAUGACGAUGGCAGUUGCAAAGAUUCCUUCGGGCGUUUUCAGUACAACGGUCUCGACUCGAAGAACAAGGACGCCGAUCUUGGAAACCCUAAUCUGUAUCACAGCAUCGACGAAUUAGACGCAAAGAAAGCGGCCGAGCACGUCUACGACGAAAUAAAGCAAAACAAGGGUGAAAUGGAGUACGAUCACCUCGACUACACGAGGCCGACGAGUUCAUGGAAGCCACACUAUCAGCGAAUGGCGAACGGAUUCGGAUCCAAAGACGGGAGCGGUCCUAGCAAAUCUCGCGAUCCGGACGUCGAAAGUGGCGAAAAAGAUUAGCUCGAGACGAGAAACUAGCCCUUGGAUAAUGUAAUGGGUUGAAAAUGUACGAGUGUGAUAGCAGAAACUCUCCAGUCGAGGGUUUAAUGCAAAUUAUAAAUAUACACGUAUUAUCGAUGUGAAAUUUAAGAGUAAUAGCCUUGUGCCAAAAUUAUAUGAGAUACGGGCUGAAUCGUGAUACUGGCUAUUGUUAUUAUUAUUAUUAUUAUUAUUAUUGUAUUAUCGGUAUUCGAUGAACGAAAUUUGUUAUGAUCCAAGUAUUUGUAGAUCGAAAUAUCAUGAAAUGUGUUACUUUUUUUCCAUUUGAAAAUUUGUAUAAAUAUAUUGAUAUACCGACUGAUAAAGCGACGGCUUAAAGUUGCUGGUAAGUAUUUUGGAUGACUUCGUUGCAAUUCGAGUGAUUUUUCCUUCUCAUUCUGUCUCCAAAUGUAAUACCCCAUAAAAAUAUUCAAAGAUAGAUCAUAUGGUGGAAACGUGGAUCUUAGAUUAAAAAAGAAAAAUUAGGUAAUUGCGUCAGUGGCUUGAAGUUCGUGUUUUCGAGAACAAAAUAUAACAAUUGAACAUAGUUCGGUGCAAGGUCUUCGAGUUUUCGUAAAACGAGAUUCAAAGACGCGGACGUCGUAAAAUUCUUCGUCUGAUUUUGAAAUUACCACUUACCGGAUAAAGAGAAGAGAAUUGAGAUAAAAAUUAAUUGUAACGGUAACGAUUAAGCGAUAAUUUCCGUAUCUUAACGUAACCUAAGUUUGAUCGUAUAAUCAACGAAACGGUAAAACAUUUUGCGGAAUCCACGGUAUAAUUAUAAUUAUAUCGGCUCCUGUUUAAUGGAACAGAUCCAAUGAAUUAAUCGAAGCCAAAAUAUGUUCUGGAUAUUUACAAAUCAAUUGUUAGCAGUUAAAUACUAAUUAAGGCGAUAAAAGAUUUAUCACAAAUUUUUAUACCUGCUCGGUUGACGGCUUUAAAUUUUGUAUGCUACGAAUUUUUGAAAACUGUGUUCGAGCAUUGAAGCAACGAUGCUACUGCAAAACUGCUGUCAAUAAUUUAUGGACAGAAUUCACGAUUUUUGGUCCAAAAUUUUAUACCUUAGGUCUGCGUAAUGUUCACUUUCGUUCAUCAUUAGAUAUAGCAAUAAGUCGUAUAUUAGUAUCGUGUUAAUAACCUUAAAAUAAAAAGUAUCAAUUUAUCAAUAGAUUAAUCCACUUAUAUUGUAAAUACAAAAUUUCUGCUGACUGCAGAUCGGCGCGGUUUACAAUCGAUCUUUUGAUAUGAAUGAAGUAUGUUUCGAUUAGAGCAAUAAGAGGUGAAUAAUUUAAAUAACAUUUCGCUAUAUUGUUAUUACUGUUGUUGUAUAUAUAAUACAUAUAAUGUAAAUCAUCUACAUACGCUAUAUGUAUACACAAAUUAUAUUUCGUAACGAUAUGUUGGAUAAAUAAUUUACUAUAUUAAUAUUUCCGUUCUCUGAUAAACAAUUAUGUCGGUGAACUCGUCAAGCUUGGCAUACGAUUCAUAUUUUCCAUUCGUUUAUAUACAUACCCGCACAUGUAUUAUUAACUCAUUGCCGCGUUUUUUAUUUGAGAAAAGUAUUUUAAUCCAACAUUUUUUCUUAUCUAUAUAUUUUACAUAAAUAGUUUAUAAAUGUUUAUAUGUAUGCACGUGUGUGAUGUAAAAUUGAUAAAUAUAUUUCUAUUAUCUGCACAUCUGUAUACAGUGCGCGAUAAAAGUAUUCGUACAGUGGCUAAAUUUAAAUAAAAUAAGGAAUAAUUUUUUAAAAAUUGAUUUAUUUAUUCAAAGGUGUGCUGUUUUAUUUCAUGCCUGGAUACUAACGUGAAAAAAUAUAUAGAAUCGGACAUUUUAUCUUCCGUUGCGUGGCUAAUAUGAAGACAAUUCACCGGUAUCAUAAGGACAAAAGUAUUCGUACACUAUAAGUUUACGAUGCAACAUUGUAAACAAACAAGUUCGAAAUGGAUUAUUCACCGGGAACGAUUAU